AUGGCAUCUCUACUAGGAGCACAGUAUGAUUCCUCGAGUGACGAUGAUAUGGGCUCUAUGCCUGCCCAGUCGAACCCGACCCCCACGAUAGUUGCGGCUCCAGAUGUCCCGGUAGAGGGGCCUUCACAGAUGCAUCUAAUGCUUAGAAAACCGACCGAUACCGCACUGACAUAUAAUGCAACCUACGAUGACCUUACACGACCUCAAGCUGGGCCAGCGAACCCCUUUAGGAGCGAAAAUUCCGGAGUUAAGAGAAAAAAUGUGUUGACUGGAUACGCUGAAGAAGCUGCAAUAAGUGAGGCAACUUUCGUCACCCAGCAGCGCACAUUCCAGAGCUUAGGCUAUACCAAGGAUCCAACUCAACCCGGAGCCUUCGUGGGAAACAUGGAACAAGUGGCGCGCUAUGGAGGGAAAGAUGUGGUGCAGAUGCGACCUUCUAAGGAGGAGAGUGCUGCUAUACGGCGGAAACGGCAAAAAAAGGGUGAUUCAAGCAUACUUGAAGGCGAAGGGGCGUAUUUGGGCCCUUGGGCAAAAUAUGAAGCCGAUGAGUUAGCCGACAGGGAAGCCGAUGCUUUGGCUGAACUUGGCAGUGAUGAAGAGUAUAUUGAAGAGGCAAUCGUUCCAUCGAAUAUGCCGGCAAUGGAUAAAAAGGCCACGGCUUACCAGGAAGAUUUAUCUCGCACGGAAACGACAGAGUUCCAUGGCACAGAAGAGCGCGACUACCAAGGCCGGACAUAUAUGCAUGUACCACAAGAUCUGGAUAUCGAUCUCAAGAAGGAACCAGGAAGUGUGAAGAACUAUAUACCCAAGAAGCUGGUCCAUACCUGGAAAUCCCACACGAAACCUAUUACCUCCUUGCGCUUCUUUCCUGGCUCUGGCCAUCUUCUGCUUUCGUCUUCGGCGGACUCAAAAGUAAAGCUAUGGGAUGUUUAUCAUUCACGAGAGCUGCUCCGUACGUACUCUGGUCAUGCCAAUUCAGUGUCUGACACCACCUUUGACCCAACCGGAGCUACUUUCCUCUCGGCCUCAUAUGACCGGCAAAUCAAGCUCUGGGACACGGAGUACGGAAAAUGUAUCCAGCGCUUCUCCACUGGAAAAACACCUCAUGUUGUCCGGUUCAAUCCCGAUCCUGAGAAUUCCCACGAAUUCCUUGCAGGCAUGUCUGACAAGAAAAUCAUUCAAUUUGAUAUCCGUACCGGUGCGAUCACCCAGGAAUACGAUCAUCACCUUGACGCUGUCAAUACCAUUACCUUCGUCGAUAACAACCGCCGCUUCAUCUCCACGUCAGACGAUAAGUCACUUCGUGCAUGGGAGUACAACAUUCCCGUGCCUAUCAAAUUCAUUGCUGAACCGCAUCUCUAUGCUCUUGUCCGUGCUGCUCCGCAUCCCAACGGCAAAUACGUUGCCUUUCAGUCCGGAGAUAACAGUAUUGUCGUCUACGGGGCGACGGAUAAAUUCCGUCAAAAUAGGAAGAAACUAUUCAGAGGCCAUAACAAUGCAGGCUAUGCGAUUGAUGUCUCAAUCAGUCCUGAUGGCCAGUUUGUCACAUCUGGUGACAGCGGUGGAUAUGUGUGCUUCUGGGACUGGAAGACGGGUAAGAUGUGGCACAAAAUUAAAGCGGGAGGAAAGGAAGGUUCUGCGAUUACAUGUGUGGACUGGCAUCCUCAAGAGACUAGUAAAGUGGCCACAGCUGGGUUGGAAGGUGUUAUCAAAUACUGGGAUUAG